UUUAAGAUGAUGUAAUUCUUCAUAAGCCAUUAUGUUUUUUUCCCUCCCUCCUAAACCGCUGAGGCAACAUCAGCUGAGGCUUUUUCCCCCUUUCCUUUCUACUUUUCUAUUUUUUUUAGACUGGCACCACCCUGAGCGGGAAAAGGGAGCUCGAUGCGCGCUCUCGCGCUUCUCCACGGUGGGCGCGGGCACGUCCGUGGGUCGGAAGAAGAGAGAGAGAGAGAGAGAGAGAGAGAGGGCGAUAGAGGGAAUCUGCUAAUCCACAUGAGAAGCAUCAUGUCGAACAGAGCAGGAGUAAUGAUGCUGCCUCUCGCUCCUCCGGACACACCGUGAGUACACCGAGCUCUGUCUUUAAGUUCCAUCACCGGCGUGUCGCCAGCAUACUGGUUUCUGCUCAAAAGUUUCAUCAGUCGUUUGGAGGAGUUAUAAUUAACUGGACUUAUUGUUGGUGUUGUUUUUUUUACCUUUACUUACGGAUGUUUCCUGUGUCGUUGAGUGCACGAGCGAGCGAGUCUGUUGUUUGGAAAAUCAGACACAGAGGCGCAAUACCUUCCUCAUUUUGUGCUCAGGCGUCCGUGAAGCUCUCCUCAAGCUCUCUUCAAGCUCUACUAAAGCUCUCAUGAAGCUAUUGCUUUUUCUCAGCUCUGUGAUCCAUUUUACCUUCACCUCGAUUUGAGCGUAAGAGCAGACAUUUUAUUUAAAACUAAAUAUUUCUGGGAGGAGUCAGAUUUGAGUCAACUGCAACUGCUUUCUUGAUGAUGAAGAUUCUCAUGAUGAAGAUCGAAUUCAUGUGACAUCUUGUUGGAAGAAACUUUUAUAUUAUUAUUAUUAUUAUUAUUAUUAUUAUUAUUAUUAUUAUUAUUAUUAUUCCUAUCCUGAUGACUGAAACUAUGUCUUUGAGCGGGAACUGUAGGACUCAGCCCGCUACCAAAGAGCCAUCAUGCGCCCUGAACUGCUUUCCAGACGUUCUCGAGCUCAACGUGGGGGGUCAGGUGUACUACACGCGCCACGCCACACUCGUGAGCCAUCCCGGUUCCCUACUGGGCAAAAUAUUCUCGCCAAAAAGCAGCGCGGUCCCCGAUCUCGCGCGAGACCCCAAGGGUCGGUAUUUCAUAGACCGUGACGGCUUCCUGUUCCGCUACGUGCUGGACUUCCUGCGGGACAGACAGGUGGUGCUGCCUGAUCAUUUUCCUGAGAAAGCUCGCCUGAGGAAAGAGGCGGAGUACUUCCAGCUGCCGGACCUGGUGAAGUUGUUAACGCCCGAGGAGGUGAAGCCCAGUCCGGACGAGUGCGCGCACAGCGACUAUGAGGACGGCUCGCUGGGAAGCGACCAACGCGCGUGCCCGCCGCCCUCCCUCGUGCCCGCCGACCGGAAGAGCGGCUUCCUCACGGUGGGCUACCGCGGCUCGUGCACGGCGGGCCGUGAGAGCCAGGCGGACGCCAAGUUCCGGCGCGUGCCGCGGAUCAUGGUGUGCGGUCGCAUUGCGCUGGCCAAGGAGGUGUUCGGCGAGACGCUGAACGAGAGCCGCGACCCGGACCGCACUCCCGAGCGCUACACGUCGCGCUUCUAUCUCAAGUUUAAGCAGCUCGAGCGCGCCUUCGACGUGCUGUCCGAGUGUGGCUUCCACAUGGUGGCGUGCAACUCGUCCCUCACCGCCUCCGUGGUCAGCCAGCACGCCGACGACAAGAUGUGGUCCAGCUACACCGAAUACGUGUUUUACCGUGGAUCGUCACGCUGGUCUUCGCCUCCGUGUGACUGCUGCUGCAAGGGCCACAAAGGCGAAGGCGAGGGCGAGAGCGGCACCUCCUUCAACGAGCUCUCCACCUCAACCUCCGAGAGCCAAUCAGAAGCCAGUUCCCCCCAGGGUACAGUCAUCCGUGGACCUGUCACCCGACAAUCGCACGUCCAGACGCUCGACCGGCCGUCCAAGAAAGAAAGACCAGGAAGUCACCUCCUGCAGCAGCAGCAAUCUGAGCAGCGGCGUAAGAGCGAUCUCCUCCGCACGCUCACCGCCAGCUCACGGGACACCAGCGGCAGCAAGAAACGACCGGCCAAAGAGAAAAUGAGCGUGGAAGAGGAGCUGAAGAAGUGCAUCCAGGACUUCCGCAAGAUCAAGAUCCCAGAGCACUUCCCAGAGCGCAAGUACAUGUGGCAGUCCGACCUUCUCCGCAAGUACCGCCUUUGAGGGACGGCAGAAAUGUCUAGAAAUGUGGACCAAACGAGGAGUACAAAGCUGUGAGCUGUGCUGAUGCACAAAUUCUUCACUACUGCCUCAGACCCACGUGUCUUCUGUGCGACGGACGAUUCCUCUCCGGAUUUGUUCAACACUCGCCUUUCUGUAGCACAGAAGGAUUUUGUUAGGAAAGCACAACUGGUGGAUUUUUUUUUUUUUGUACAGCACAAACCUGUCUGUUUUUGACCUUACAAUGUUACCGGUCGUGUUCAGGUGGUCCAGAGGUCGGACGCUGAACGUGCAAGCCGAAUCAUAAAUAAUUCAUACUGUCUCUGUCGUGUCCUUGCUAAAAAUAGCCACCGUAUUGUUGAGCACGAGGUUUUAUUUCAGCACUUUGAGAACUGAACGUUUCCCUCUAUAGGAUUUUCCGACCCGCCGCUACUGUCCGAUCCGUUACCCCUUAUAACGCCUCCGCAUCGAUUUAGUCACGGCAUAAAAGGGGUUGCACGCCGUCAGGGUGGAAACUCAACACCACCUCCCUCUAAAUGUAGUGAAACCGCAGACUGCGCUUCAUCGAUCCAAACCUGAGAUUUUAGAAACAGAAUGUGUGAUUUUCUUUAUUAGAAUCGGUUUUUUUUUCUUCAUCAUAGAAGCACAAAAGUGUUUUAGGUUCAGAAACACACACACACACACACACACACACAAUAACAUUGAUGAGGAUCAUAUCUGUAAUAGACGUCUCUCAAUUAAUAUUAGAUUUUAUAAUUUAUUCACAGAGGAGCGACUCUACACAACAGAAUUCUUACCAGUAGAAACAAUUAUCAGAAAUAUUAUUUACAAAUAUGAGACUGUUACAUAUAUAAAUAUAA